CAUAUUUUAUUAUUUUCAAUGUUUAUUUGUGAUAGGAUGAGAAGAGGAGCAGAACAGGAAAAGAUGGAGCAUCAAAAAUUGGAGUCAUUGGGUCAUUACUGUACUUAUGCUGUUAGUGGUAAGACUGGCGAGUUGCUAUGGAAACACGAACCAGGAGACUUUGAGGUCCAUCCUGCAUAUGACAUUGGAUUAUCAUCAUUCACACAUUUCAAGUUAUUAUUUCAUAAAUAUUUACUACAUGAAGGAGAGGUCUCCUGGCAUCAGUACAGCUCAGCUAUUCGUCAAAUAAUGCCUCAUUCAUGGACUGAUGAUUUUGAUACAAAGUUAGAGUUAGCACAAUUUAAUAAAGAUAAGAAGAAAUCAGAUGAACCAGGAGUCACUGAUCAUAUUAGCAAAGUCAGUGGAUUGGCAAUGGAUCAUAUUGCUGGGUAUGCUUUUGGAGGACUGAGGCCUCACUCACCAACUGAACACGUACUCAACCCUAAUGUACUGGUCAUACACACUAUGAAGGGUAUUGAGGUCCUUCAUUUAUCUUCAGGGCGUCCAUUGUUCUCACUGCCCCUCUCCUCCACUCAUGCUGCCCAUGGAGACAUUAAUUCUGACGGAGUCAUUGAACACAUUAAUGCUGUCAUUAACCCUGGAGAAGAGUACAAGCCUGGUGAUAUUAAUUAUCAAUGAACAUAAUGAAAUGGA